AUGCAAGAAAGUGGAGAUGGAAUAGAAGAGAUUGAAGAUCAACCUGUUCUUGCUCAUGUUACCUAUAGACCUACUACACUACAAAAAAUUGAGUGGGUCUCCCACUGUCAGGAGAACUCUUCAGUGGAACGUAUUGAUGGAUUUUCCGAACUACCUGAACACAUUAAAAACUUCUUGAGAUAUAAACACUGCACAAGCUUUCCACAGAUACUUAAUGCACCACAGAAGUGUGGUGGAAGAGCUAAAUCUAAAAGGGUAUUUCUGCUUCUUGCCAUAAAGUCUUCCCCUGGGAAUUAUGAAAGGAGAGCCAUCAUUCGCCAGACUUGGGGGGAGCAAAACAGCUAUAACGGUGCCCAUGUCAGAAGGAUUUUUCUCUCUGGAACUUUUGAAAAUGAAAGGGAGGACAAACAUUUGAGGCAACUUCUAAAAAUCGAAAGUGAAACCUACGGUGAUAUAUUACAGUGGAACUUCCAUGACACUUUUUUUAAUCUGACAUUGAAACAGUUCCUUUUCCAUCAGUGGUUAGAGAAUAACUGCCCAGGAGCUAAUUUUAUAUUUAAUGGAGAUGAUGAUGUAUUUGUUAAUACCUUCAAUGUUGUCACCUAUCUACGUGGACUAAAGGCAGAUGAUCACCUCUUUAUCGGACAGCUGAUAGCCAAUGUUGGACCUAUUCGUGAAUCUGGUAGCAAGUAUUACGUGCCCGUACAGAUAACCAGCUCAGAUUCCUACCCAAUGUAUUGUGGCGGUGGGGGAAUUCUCCUAUCCAGAUACACUGCCCAUGCCAUUUACAAUAAAUCCUUGGAAAUUCCCCUAUUCCCUAUUGAUGAUGUUUAUCUAGGCAUGUGUCUGGCAAAGGCUGGUUUAGUUCCAGCCUCUCACAUGGGGAUGAGAACAGUAGGAGUGCAUGUGCCGUCUGCCACAUUAGACUCUUUUGAUCCAUGCUAUUAUAGAGAACUUCUAAUGGUACACCGUUUUGUGCCAUAUCAGAUGCUGGUCAUGUGGAAAGCUAUACAAGAUCCUCAUCUCAAAUGUGGACAGAAGCUCUCUAUAUAUGUAGGCCACUAA